UCCAUAUAUAGUAAUUAUUUCGAUGUUUGUUCAAAUACCGUUUCUGCACCAACUGUAUCAAACCUACUAAUUCUAACUCUUUUCCAAGUUGCAGUCAUGCUUUCGUCACUCGUUGUCAUCUGCGCAGCAGUCCGCUAUCCGCCACUCCAGUCUUAUCCUAUCUGUUUCCUGCUCUCUAAGGUAUGUGUACUGUGUGUUUCAUACUGCUAACUACCUUGUCCUUCUCGUCUCGUCGGUCUUGUUCUCCCUGUCUCAUCGGUCUUGUUCUCCCCGUCUCGUCAGUCUCGUUCUCCCCGUCUCGUCGGUCUCGCCCUCCCCGUCUCGUCGGUCUCGUCCUCCCCGUCCAGUCUCAUUCUUCCCGUCUCGUUAGUCUCGCUCUUCCUGUCUCGUCGGUCUCGUUCUCCCCGUCUCGUCGGUCGUGCACACUCGUGGGUACACCCGCGGGUUUACCCGUGACGAUCCCUAGCCGCGAUGAGGACAUGUGUGUACGAAUCUGAUGGCUUGGUUGGCGAGUAGUCUAGUGAGAUAUUUGCCAGGGCUGCAGCGGCCUAAUGAUUCAAGACGCCUUAGCUAGAACAACAUAGUAGACUUAAAGAUUACUGAAUUUUCUGC